GACUCGCACUUCACCGGUCGCAGACUUCACUUCAAACUCCAAACUAAUCAGCCAUUUCACUCCAGACAAUAGCGGAGAAAUACUAACGUUUGCUUUUUAUUAUUCUUUAUUCUCUAUGAUCAAUAGGCGAAAGACUGAACGCAACACAGCAGUUCUCGAUCCAUUCCAGACGAUGUGGUUCAGUUCCAGCAUUUCUCGUUGUUCCAAGGUUUUGUAACAAGCGGAGAGCGCGGGGUGUAUGUAUUUUGGCGAUACGGUACAGUCAAACCACAUCUGUUGCGAGCCAUGGAAAUAUACGCGCCUGGAAAGUGGACAUCAACUCAUUUUUUGUUUUUUAACUGUCUUUUUUCUUAGUUUCUUGAACCGUGCAGGGGGUUUGUUUAAGCGUCUUUGUAAACCACAAAUAUAAUUUUAAGAUGCUGAUGUUGUGGACUAACAACAGUAACGCUAUGGCACGCUCUGCCUAAACAUGUGUUAUUGAUCUCCGUGUGCUUUCCAUAAAAAAAAAAUGAUGGAUUUAAUUUUUGCUCGUCUUAUAUCUGGUAUAUAUUAAGAAAUCUAAAUUUAUUUUGAUCGUCGCUGUAAACUUUAUCACUGUAUUUUGAUGGAGGUGUGAAACUCGUUUGCUUCGAGACUUGUUUUUCCAAGGUUCGGGAAUGAAUUUUGAUCAGCUGCUGGCCACAAUCGGUGGCUUUGGGAGAUAUCAGAAGCUUCUGUAUGUGUGGAUAUGUCUGCCGCAGAUCUUUCUCGCAUUCCACAUGAUGGCGAGCGUCUUCACAGGCGCCACGCCACCCCACUAUUGUUGGGGUUCAGAGAUGAAGAACGCGUCCCUUACCGUCGGCAAUUUUUCACAUGUGAACCUGAGCAUCUCCCUUCUGCCAGGACACGCGGACUCGUGCACAGUAGUUUCAGGAAAGAACCACAGUACACGCUCAAGUUGUGAGACAGGAUGGGUGUACAGCCACGAGAUCUUCCAGAGCACUACUGUCACUGAGUGGGAUCUGGUGUGUGACAAGGCAGGUCUAAACAGUCUGGGUUCCUCUGUCUAUAUGCUGGGGUUGCUUGUAGGAGCUGUUGUGUUUGGAGCAAUGGCAGACAGGUGUGGGAGGAGGUUUGCCAUGCUCAUGUCUUUAGCCCUUCAGACAGUGUUUGGUGUGGCCACUGCCUUCGCUCCAAACUUCCCCGUUUAUGUCACCCUACGCUUCUUCAUAGGAAUGACAGUGUCGGGUGUGAUAAUCAAUGCGUUUGUUCUAGGUACAGAGUGGACCUGCACACAGAGACGGAUGCUGGCCGGCAUCUUCACCGACUACUUCUUUGGUUUUGGCUACAUGCUGCUGGCAGGUGUGGCUUAUCUCAUCAGAGACUGGAGAAAACUGCAGCUAGCAAUCUCUGCACCAGGAUUUCUCUUCAUAUUCUACAUAUGGGUUCUUCCACAUUCAGCCCGUUGGCUUCUUGUGAAUAACCGAAAAGAGGAGGCGAUUGAUCUUCUGCGCAAGGCAGCUACGGUCAAUGGUCGCACCUUACCUCCCACUGUUCAGGUGGAGCGAUAUGAGGGCCCACAAGAACGGAGUCAAUAUACAGCUGUUGACCUGCUCCGAACUCCCCAAAUGAGGAAGAGAGCUCUUAUACUCUUCUACAUCUGGUUUGUUAAUGUGUUGGUGUAUUAUGGUCUGUCUCUGGGUGUGUCUGACCUCAGUGCAGACCUUUACCUCACUCAGUUCAUGUUUGGAUUGGUGGAAAUUCCUGCAAGGUCGCUGGUGUUGGUUCUCCUGCCCUGCAGUCGACGAAUCCCACUGAGUGUGUUCCUUGCUAUUGGAGGUGGUGCAUGUCUACUGACCCUCAUUGUUCCAGCAGAAAGCGCUCAUAUUCGGACUGCUUUGGCCAUGGUGGGGAAAUUUGGAAUUACAGCAUCUUUUGCCAUCAUCUAUAUCUAUUCUGCAGAACUGUUCCCAACUGUUCUCAGGCAAACAGGUAUUGGUGUUUCUUCUAUGUUUGCACGGAUGGGUGGCGUUUUAGCACCACUAAUAAACCUGCUUGGACGCCACACACCUGUUGUGCCCAUGGUGAUAUUUGGCUCCACCCCUCUGCUUGCUGCAGUGCUUGCUCUAGCAUUGCCUGAAACUGCCAAUCAACCACUACCAGACAGCAUCUAUGAUACUGAGAGGUCCGCUCUGAAAUAUGAUGCACAAAUUCCUGUACAUACCAGCCAAUCACCAAGCAACCCAGAAGGACAGGAACUGCAGAGUUUAGCAGAUGAGUCAAGUUAGACAUAUAUUAUCACACACAAACUUUAUACAGUGUCACAUUCUAGUGCGUUUACAUUAUCAGUCUUGCUGAUGAUCAGUGAAACUUGAAAUUGGUUAAGGUUUUGAUAGAAAAAGCCUUUUUUGUGACUUUUAUGACAGAUAUUUGAACAUUUUAUAAUUUUUUUUUAAUGGCUGUAGGUUGGGUAUUUGACUGAUUUACAUUGAGGUUAGCAGUUUUAAUAAAACUAAAGUGUAAAGUUUAAAACAUGGAUGACUGGGUCUGAAAACAAUGCAAGUUGUGCAUCAGGCCUUUCUAUGCAAAACAAAGAGAGAUGCUCUAAACAAACAUAAGGGAACAUUUGUGAAUUAGUAAGCCAAACUAAAUUCAAUCAGUUUACUUUUUUUGGCAUUUCUGCCUUUAAAAUGACAGGACAGUGUAGAGGAGACAGGAAGUGAAGUGGGAGAGAGAGAGGGGGCAGGAUAUGGAAAGGUGCUUGAGCCAGGAUUCAAACUCGGGACGCCUGUAGCGCAACGGCACUUUAUGUCAGCCAACGAUUCAGUUUACUUUUAACAGAUAUUUAAAUUUAAAAUGUGAUAUUUUUUUUCUUCUGGCAAAUGGAUCAAAAUAUUGAUGACUGGUCCUGUACAACACAGAUUUUUUGAAUCAUAUGCUCUCUAGAAUGAGAAUGUCCCUCCCAUUAACACCAACUACCACUCACUAAAUGGCAAAUUUGUGAGGGUUUGGUCUAGUGGAGAGUGAACCAGUGCCUUCUUUGUAAUGUAGUUCUUGACACAUCAUGUCCAAUGUUUGGGAAUUAACCGGAUUUGUCUUAUGUGAGGACAGUUCCCAAAGCUUAUGCCUGGUUGAAAAUGUUUUAAUCGCAUGUUAGUAUCCUGAAUUAUCUUAGCUCAGUAGGCGAAGGGGAAAGUACACGUAUCUUGUUUAGUGCUGUUUUGUCUGUUGUUUGAUUGCAUUUGAUUUUUCUCUUUCUUUAGUGAAAAAAAAAAACAUUAUCAUACGCACAAUUUAAGAGUGGGAUUUAUGUGUGUUGCCAAUUUUACUUGAGCCGACGAUACACACUCUACUGAUGCAUAUGCAAACGCAUAGACUUCAAUCUCAGUCGCACACACUGCCAAAUGACACAAUGUAGUUUUUACCUUUAUAUCUUGACAUUCUUUUUAAAAACAGGGAAAUGUACUUUUACUGCAUGAAACUGUUUAAUAGAAAUGAACUCUAUUUUAUUAUUAUGCAAUUUGUCCAAUGUUCUAAAUAUUGAUCAGAUCUUAAGGGCAUACACCUAUCAUUAUUUACUCACUCCCCAUGUCAUUUUAAACCCUUAUUCUGUCUUACAGAACACCAUAAAGCACUGUAUUAAUAUUCUAAGUCAUCUGAAUCCAUGUGAAAAGUUCUGAAUGAGGAACAGGGAACAGAAUAAAAUUUUAAAGGGAUAGUUCACCUAAAAAUGAAAAUUAUGUCAUUAAUUACUCACCCUCAUGUCAUUUCAAAGCCGUAUGACCUUCGUUCAUCUUUGGAACACAAA